AUGCGUUCUCUGCUAGCGUAUUAUGCUGAUGCUGUGAUGACAGCAGCUAGAGGCACAGGCUGUGCCCUCGGCUGCAGCGGCCGCGGGGACUGCAUGAACGGCACCUGCCUCUGUGAGAUAAGAUACUCGGGAGAUGAGUGCGCCGGUCCCAACUUGCCUUACCACGCGUGUAUUGGCGGAGUUUUCCUCAUGGUGGCGUUCGUGUGUGCCGUUCAGCUGACCGUGUGUGUGGUGACGGAGUACAAACGCCUGAAGGCUCCCACCAUCCUCAGGGCAUGUAAAGUCACAACACAGAAGAUGCUCUACUUCGUUGCUUUCCUCGCGUCAUUCAUACGUGGAGCAUACUUCGUAUCACCUUCAGCCUUCCAAGAGGGUUGGGCAACGAGUCUUCUAUCAGCAUACUACCCUCUCAUGAUAUCUGGAUCAUCACUCAUAGUCUGCUUCUGGGCUGAGGUGAGUCUAGACCAAAUAACACAAUUAUUUAGAGGGUUGAUGUCAGGCAGGCAGCCGGUCGUGUUCCAUCUCCGUGAUAUCCGUUGGGAGCGUCCUCGGUUCCUGUCCAAAACAUUUCUGGCAUUCGCGACCUUCAAUGUGAUCAUAUACUCGCUGCUGGCAGCUGAGGUCCUCGCCACGAACGUAGCUGACACCACCGCCGAGAAGAAGAAUUUCUACCAGCACGUGUUCAAUGGUUGCUACGCUGUACUUCUCUUCAUAGUCGUCAUAUUUUUCCUGUUGUAUGGCGUCGAAGUAUACUUUAAGCUUCGCGGGGAAUUUCUCAAGGAGACUAAAGUGUGCACGAUCAUUCUACCAAGACCCGGUCCAUCGACUGCCGCUGAGGGUGACGACGUUCAAGAUACACUGGUCGCUAAGCAGGGUAUCCAGACAGAUCUAUCAGAUGGCGGUAGUAUAGAUCCUCGGUCAGUGAACCUGUCCCAGCUUCAUCAGUCACGGUUGGGGCUGGUCAGUCAGGCGCUCAUGCUGAUACUAAUAGCUGGCUUCCUAGCAUCGGAAACACUCAGCGAAUUCUGGAAGACGAAGGUGCCAGUAGUGUCACGUAAUUGGCACGACCUGGUGUUCCGUUUGGCGGAGAUCGGUGUAGCGCUAUGGUUCCCGUGUGUACUCUGGAACUGCAUGGCUCCCGAACGACUGUGGUUGUUGAACCCGCGACGGUUGUUGGCGCGCCAGUUGGACGAUGCCAGCUUGGCGGAUCUAUUGGCUAACAAGCGACCGGCUGAUGCCAAGAAUGUGGAAACAGACUCUCUGGUCGGUAGCGUGGGUUCCCACCGCGACUGCUGGAUCUGUUACGAUAGCUCGCGUCAGGAACCCCUCAUCACGCCUUGCAGAUGUACAGGAGAUGUAGCAGCUGUUCAUCACGACUGUCUGAGUCGAUGGCUUGUAGAGAGCGCUGCGACUCCUGACGGUCUUAAGUGCAAAGUAUGCAACACGCCUUACAUAGUUCAAGAGACGAACAGGGUUGAAUGGGAGCGAGGGUUCACAGCUUCUCACUGGGUCCGCACAGGUCUGUGUGUGAUGGCCAUGUGUGGAGCGGGAGGGGCCGCCUGGGUGUUGGUUCAACUGUUCCCCGCGCCCGUACCUAGAGUACUAGCUGCGGGGGCCGCGCUACUUAUAUGCUAUGUGGCCAUCAGGUUUCUAAGCGUGAAUACAGUGACCGCGUACCAGCGAGCCAAAGUAUCUUCUCUACGCAUUUUAACUGAACCAGUGGAUUCAUCGGAGACACAGCUAUCAACUAUUAGCAAGACGGUUACAGUAGAAAUACCAUCUAAGGCAGUAUUGGAACAAGCAUUGAAAGGAGACAAAUAA